CGGUAGCCUACUGCUGUGGUGGUGCCACGUUAGCUUCGUGAUAGAUGUGGGUCUAGUACGUAGUUGAAACUUGACGAGAAGUGGCUUAACCUUUUCGUUAAGUGUGGAAAACAUGUAUGCGUGUUGUAGUUUUUGUCUUUUUUUUAUAUUUUUAACUAUAAGUGUGGAUUCUUUAAUGCUACAACUACCGCCAAAUAGUAGGCGUUGUCUGAAAGAAGAAAUAGAAAAAAAAGUUCUUGUUACAGGGGAGUAUGAACUAAGUGACGCUCCUGGGCAGAAAACUGAUAUAAUAGUGACAGACUCUAAAGGACAAGUUUUGUUUUCAAGAGAAAACAUUGACAAAGGAAAGUUUGCUUUUAACACAGAUGAAUUGGACGUCUUUGAAGUAUGCUUCGUCACUAAAAUGCCUGCAGGUCAAGGUGGAAUGACGAGGGAAGCCAGUCUUUCUCUGAAACAUGGGGUUGAGGCCAAGAGCUACGAAGGUCUUGAAGAAGUAGGCAAGCUGAAACCUUUGGAAAUUGAGCUGCAAAAGCUUGAAGAUAUGUCAGAAGCUAUUGUAAAAGACUUUGCAUACAUGAGACAGCGAGAGGAAGAAAUGAGAGACACAAAUGAGUCUACAAAUACUCGUGUCUUAUAUUUUAGUAUCUUCUCCAUGUGCUGCCUUCUUUCUCUUGCUACUUGGCAGGUUUGGUACCUCAGACGCUUCUUUAAAGCCAAGAAACUCAUUGAAUGAAACUUAAAUAUGCAAAGUAUUGCAAAUAUAAGUCAUAUGAUGAAAAAUAUAAAACAGAUUAAAAUGUGCAUUCGGUUGUAAAAAAAAUACUUGGAACAAUAACAUUUUCAUGACAGUUAGUAAAAUAUUUUUUUUUCUGAUGUA